CGCCAUUUUUUUUUUUGUACUUUUUUCCUCCAUUCUUUGUUUCGAACCAAAUGCUGUCGUUUACCGCAGAGCGCUUCCCACGGACGUCUGAGGUCAAGAGGGCGUCCAAUCUGCCGUGGGGAUGCGCUCUCAAUCCGUUUGCACCGCCGCCGGUGAGGCUGGCGCGGAUCGGUGCCGGCGGCGAUGGCACUGGGGAUGGAUCCAAGCAUGGCCAGACCGACCGGUCGAGCAACGGCGGGCAGGACGCUGCUGCUGGCACGACGGCGCCGCUUCCAGUUGCUGGUCGAGGCGACUGGCCUGGCAACCGCGAUCCGUUCCAUCCCGUCGUGGAGACCAACAGCGUUGCGGCAGUCAUGCUCGCACGUUGCGGGGAUUGCUCGGGCUACAUUAACCCUUACAUUUGCUGGAACAACUCGGGACAGUGGACGUGCCCGCUGUGCAUGAGUCAAUCGAUGCCAAGUUCCGUUGCGCCGUCCUCCAGUCGAGACCCCGCCGCCGUUCCUUCGCCAGCUGAGCGUUACGCCAGGGCGAGCGCGCGGCCCUCGCUGCCCGAGCUCAAUACGCCCGCCAUUGACAUGCCAUUCCAUCCUCGUGCUGGCGCGGGGGUGCAAGCGACCGCGACGUCCCCGCCCACGAGCCCCGCCGCCUUCGGGACUCGGACUACUGCUGCUGCUUCGUCAGCGAGUGUCCAACCUCAGCCCGUGUACAUUGCACUCGUCGACACGACUGGCUCGCUGGAGGCAAUGGCUGUCAUCCGCGCCGGCGUCCUUGCGGCCUUCGAGUCUCUGCCUCCGCAGGCACUGUUCUGUCUCCUGACCUUCGACCACCAGCUUGGUGCGUUUGAUCUGAAGACACUGGUUCGUCUGUCGGUCAUUCGGAAAGGGCUUAAUGCUGGCUUGGGCGACGAACAUGCCGCCCGUCUCCGCGACCCAAUGCUCGAUCUCUCGACCGCGCCCGCCCCGCAGAUCGCAUUUGAUGACAGUGAGCUGUCUGUGCCGCAUGUUCGUUAUAUCCGCCUGGACACUGAUCCGAGAUUGCCGAGCACUCAACUAGAAGAUUUGUUCUCUGUUGAAAGUCUGAUGGUUCCGGUCGGUGAAUGCCAGGCCGCAGUCAACGACGCGCUCGAAACGCUUCCAUCCAUUUCGGGCUUGGCAGCGCGGCCGCUCGAUCCAACUGCUGGCCCCUCUCUCACCAUGCCCGCAUCAACCCCCAGGCGAACCAUUCCAGCCCUGGCAAGCGUGCUCGACAUGCUUGUGCGUUUCAAGGAGGAGCGUUCAUCCAAGCAAGAGGCUUUGAAGCCCGAAUUCUUUGCCCACUUGAUGCUAUUUACAUGCGGGCCUCCGACCGACGGUCCGGGAUCCGAGCCCGCACCACCUGCGCCUGCUCAGCAUGCAUCGCUGAGCUAUCUCCGAUCCCACACAACUGCCUUCCAAGCGAUGGCCGCAAAAGCCGUUAGCACCUCGACCACCGUUGAUCUUUUUAUUUUGGACAGUGACAGCACCCACUUGGCAAACAUGACGCCUCUUUCUGUGCUCACUGGGGGUGUGGUGCACACCUACCCAUCGCUGGCGUCGUGCACAUUGCCACAAGACGUAUAUCGCCGACUGUCGUUGCCUCGUGCCAUGAACGCGCAGUUAAGGAUCCGAUGCUCCACCGAGCUUCAACUCAGUCACACAGCCAACCUUGUUUUCGGAGCCAGUGGUCGAGUCGAUGCACAGCUCCUUCAGCUGGUUGGAUGCGACCAAUUCCGCACCAUUCCCUUUGAUAUCGACUUUCGAUAUCCUGCAGAGGGCCUCACAAAGCAGUCCAGUCUCAAUGGGUUGAUUGGCAUCCCCACUUUACAGGUUGCCUUUUUGUAUCACUACUGCGCCUCCAAAACCGAUGUUGUGCGAGGAGCCCGCCCUCUGAUCGAACAGCGGCUGCGGUUGUGUACCGUUCAAAUGCCCAUUGCGCGCGACUUGGACGAAUUGUACCACAGCAUGCACGAAGACGUGGUCAUGUGGAUGAUUACACAAAAGAUGCUAUUGGCUAGCAUCCAAGAAGGCAUUCAGGCCGCCCGAUCGGUUUUGUGUGACUGGCUCGUCGUCCUCCAGAAGAAUUACUACCUGCACAUCCAAAAUACUCGUGGUCUGGAUGCUGUCAUUUCACCCAGCUCGACCACACCCGAGAGCGACAGGCAGGUCGAGGCGUUGCACUUCCCCUUCCAUGUUGCGCUCGACCAAUUACCGCGCUUGGUCUACGGGCUGCUGCGAGGGCCACUGUUGCAUCCCAAUCCGGCCAGUACAGAUCGCCAGAUUGCUGCUCAUGUGGCCGUGUCAACACUGCCCUGCCAUUUGGCCAAGUUAACCAUGUACCCUGGAUUGCUCUUGAUGGAUAGCACCCAGUCAUUCAGCCCUUCACCCCGGCGUCUGUCUUCAAACUUUGCCGCCGUGCAAGACCUGCAACCACCCGCAUGUCUUGUCGUUGACACCCUGACCUCCAUCUUGGUAGUAAUUUGUGCACCGCCUCAACAAGAGAAUGCUGGGCGUGUCUCCACGCUCUCCUUGCUCCCAUCCGACGCUCCUUUGCGUACCAUCAUUGAUUUGUUAAAACGAAGUCGGCCAAUGGCUCCGACCGUCAGUAUUGUGCCGCAGGAGGCCAUUCUCCAGUCGCGAAGAUCGAAUGACCCACUGCCUGGAAUCCCAUCGCUAGAAUCCUUCUUUGUGGAAGAUCCGCUCCCUCCAAACGUGGCUGUCGAGUACAAUUCGGACGAGCUGGCCCUUUCCUUUGUGCACUUUGAGGAGCAGCUUGUCGAAGACGUCAAUACCUUGCUUAGCGCGGCUUAAACAGACUGCUGGAAGUUAUUUUUCAGCCACGCCUUUCAUUAUUUCCAUUGUUAAGACCAUCCUUCAUAAUAUCACCUUUUUAUUAUACAACCAA